ACAGAUAAACAUUCGGCCGGCUGUGCAGUGUGUUGUCGUUCGCAAUAUAGGGAAGAAAAAUGAUGUAAUAUAGACAAAAAAGCGCGUUGUACUUCAGUUCCAAUUUCGUUCCCGGUUUGCCGCUGAAACCAUGUCCGUGACAUUGUUGCGAACACUCUGCCGCUAUCAGCAGCACGUGCUACAACAGCGGCAGCCCGUAUCGUUCGUGGGCAGCAGUGCGAUUCGUUGUGCGGUACGAUACCAGAGCACUGCCGGUGGUGAAGAUAAGAUCCCGAAACAGGACAACAACGAUAAGCAGUCCACCAAAGAGCGACUGGCAGCCAAAUACAGCCGGGAGAAUGUGAAGCGCAACGUGCAGGGGUACGUGUUUUCACGGUUUUUUGACUACGUGAAAAACUAUGACAAGGUAAUCGAGAAGAAAUUCCCGUCGGCGGUACACGUUUACCGGGUGUUUCUUGUCGGUGUUCGGGAUUUCUUCAACGACAUGAAGAAGCUAGUCAAAAUCACGAAAAUCGUUUACUCUCACGACAAUGAUCUGCGGUGCCUGACGCGGAAGGAGAUCGAGCUGUACUAUCAGAUGCCACGGGAUAUGAAAAAGGUGGCACCGGUGUUGCUUAUAUCGGCGCUACCGUUCGCGAAUUAUGUGAUAUUUCCUCUAGCUUAUAUGUACCCUCGAACGCUACUGACGUCUCACUUCUGGUCGGUACAGCAGAAGGUGGAUUUCGCUCAGAUAGAUCUACGCAAUCGGCUCCUGUACAAUCGGCGCGUAUUUCGCUGCAUGCAGUCGAAGCUGGACGCACUGAAAAAGUCACACGAUCCGGCGUACGAGAAGUUUAGCUAUAUAUUGGGUUUGCUGGGCAGUGGGUUACAUCCAACGUCGGAAGAAAUAUUGGACGUAAGGGAAGUAUUCCAACGGCCGCCAUUUCAUCUGAACAGUUUAUCCUCAUCUCAUCUGAAAUAUCUCUGCCGAUUACACGACAUUCAUGCCGGACUGCUGCGGCGGUUUCGGUUAAGCGAACGAGCCUACAUAGUACAUCACAUGGAUAUGGCGAUUAAGCGCGAGGGUGGCGUUCACAAUAUGCCAAUCGAAUCGCUCAAGCACGCCUGCUACAUCCGGGGACUAAAUGCACACAACAUGAGUGCGGAAAGCAUGAUCGAUUGGUUGCAGGAGUGGGUCAAAGUGUCACUGGUUGUGGAUGAGGAUUGUAUCAGUAUGCUGCUACACCUUCCGAUUUUGCUAACGUAUAAUCAUACGAGUAAUUGGAUCCUAAUACACUGAUAUUGGUGCCAAUGCGGGACAAUGAAUUUGUUCGCGGUAUAA